AUGACUCGCGGAGAGAUUCUUCACCUUCAUAUCGGUCAAGCUGGUACUCAGCUUGGUAACAGUGCUUGGGAGUUAUAUCUUCUUGAGCAUGGUCUCUUACAAGAUGGUCGUCCUGAUCCCGAGGCAAAGGCCGUCCACGAAUCUGGUGAACUCGAUACAGUCUUCACUGAAACUGGCAAUGGUAAAUACGUACCUCGAUCCAUCUUCGUCGAUCUCGACCCAUCUCCAAUCGACGAAAAUCCGAACUGGGAGGAUGCUGCCAACAACUACGCUCGUGGUCACUACACAAUUGGAAAGGAGAUCUUGGAUGGUACUUUGGACAAGAUUCGUCGCGUUCUGGAUAACUGCUCUUCCCUCCAAGGUUUCUUGAUCUUCCACUCUUUCGGUGGUGGAACCGGUUCUGGUUUCGGAUCUCUCUUGCUUGAGCGUCUCUCCACCGAUUACGGCAAGAAAUCCAAGCUCGAAUUCGCAGUUUACCCAGCUCCAAGAGUUUCUACCGCUGUUGUUGAGCCAUAUAACGCUGUUCUCAGCACUCACAGCACUAUCGAAAACUCCGACUGUACCUUCUUGGUCGAUAACGAGGCUGUCUACGAUAUCUGCCGUCGCAACUUGGACAUUCCUCGUCCAGGUUUCGAGCAUCUCAACAGAUUGAUUGCUCAAGUUGUCAGCUCCAUCACCUCGUCACUCCGUUUCGAUGGUGCUUUGAACGUCGAUCUCAAUGAGUUCCAAACUAACUUGGUUCCUUACCCAAGAAUUCAUUACCCAUUGAUCAGUUACGCUCCAGUCAUUUCUGCUGCUAGAAGUUCCCACGAGAGCUUCAAGACUCAAGAAUUGACCCUCCAAUGUUUCGAGCCAAACAACCAAAUGGUUGUCUGCGAUCCCCGCAACGGAAAAUACAUGGCUGUUGCCCUUCUCUACCGUGGUGAUGUCGUUCCCCGUGACUGCAACGCCGCUGUCGCUUCCCUCAAGGCUAAAACAUCCUUCAACCUCGUCGAAUGGUGUCCAACUGGUUUCAAGCUCGGCAUCAACUACCAAAAACCAAUGUCCGUCCCAUCUUCCGCACCAAACGAUGGUGCCCUCGCCUCAGUCGAUCGUUCCGUCAGUAUGUUGUCCAACACCACCGCUAUUGCCGAGGCCUGGUCAAGAUUGGACCACAAGUUCGAUCUUAUGUACAGCAAGCGUGCUUUCGUGCAUUGGUACGUUGGUGAGGGUAUGGAGGAAGGAGAGUUCAGUGAAGCAAGAGAAGAUUUGGCAGCAUUGGAGAAGGAUUACGAAGAGGUUGCUGCUGACAGCUUCGAGGCUGAAGAGGGUGAGGCUGAGUAUUAA